GCAGCUUGUGUAGUCAGUCUACAGUCUCAGUGUUUAGCAAAAACUGCAGCAAAACGCACCUUCAGCACUGCCUUAACAUCAGCGCUCAAGCCAACCAUGCUGGCAGUUUUAACUCUGGCCUCCUUGAGCCUCUCGGUGUGGGCGUCUAACUUCUGCCCCCCAACCUGCCAGUGUCUCCACAACCUGACCUCUGUUGUGUGUCAGGGAGAACUGAACCAGAUACCUGAGCUGCCCGACAGCACAGAGAAGCUGUACGUCUCUUACAACAACAUACAGGAAAUACCACGGCGUGGGCUGGAGGAGCUGCAGGUUCUGGACCUAACCAGGAAUCAUCUGAAUGACUUCCUGUCCCUCAAUGCAGUUUGGCCCAACAUGACGAGGCUCUCUAAGCUCUUCUUACGUGACAAUGGCCUGAUGUUUCUUCACCCCGGUCAGUUCCAGAACUGCCCUGCUCUCACUUUACUGGACCUGAGUGAGAACCACAUCAAAUUCCUUCCAAUCGGAUUCCUCCGUGGAUUAGCUAACCUGACAACACUGACUGUAAACUUUAACCAGAUUCAGAUGUUAGAGGUUGGUGCAUUGGAAGGAUCCUUUUCCCUUGCUGAGCUCCAUCUUAGCCAUAACAAUAUGACAAAGAUAGAAGAAGGUGUGUUCAAGAAUUCAUCUGUGUUGAAGAAACUUGUUCUGUCUAGGAACAGAAUCACAAGAUUGGAUGACGGCAGCUUCAGAGGAGCGACAGGUCUCCGACACCUUGACCUGAGUAGAAAUCUGCUGGUCACUGCCCCAGCUGAGGCGCUGAGGGACGUAAACGGGCUGACACAUCUGAAUCUACGGAUGAACGGACUCACCAGCCUCCCAGAUGACUGCUUCUCCUCGCUGAGUGUGUUAGAUCAUCUAGACUUGAGCAACAACAACCUGACCACUCUGUCCGAGGGAUCCCUGAGAGGCCUGACCAUGCUACGAGAGCUGGGCCUCAGUCUCAACCUCAUCCACUCUCUUCCCCCAAAAGUCUUCCAUGACCUCAGACACCUUGAGUUACUUGAUUUGUACAGGAACAGACUGACAGCUCUUUCUCCAGAUGUAUUCUUUAACUUGAACAACUUGAAAGAGCUGCAGCUGGACAGCAAUCAGAUCUCUGACGUAGGAGCCGGAGUAUUCGAUUCAUUGUCCACACUCACCGAGCUACAUCUGUCCAACAACCGCAUCCUGGAGCUCUACCCUGAUCUGCUGAACAAGCUCAAGUCACUACAGAACCUCUACUUGGAGAACAACACUCUGACACACCUUCCCAAAGGCAUUUUCCACAAGAUGAGGGACCUCAGGGAGAUACACCUCCACAACAACCACAUCAGGUUCCUCCAUGCCUCGGCCUUCCACGGUUUGGUGAGACUGAAAUCUCUGAAGCUCUCUCGCAACCGAAUCUCCUCUCUACACCCGGACCAGUUCAGAGACGCUGUCAGUUUAAAAGAGUUAGGACUAGAUGGAAACCACAUUGGUAACCUUCCCACAAGCCUGCUCAGGAAUCUAAGUCAUCUUAUAACACUGGAUCUGGACAGGAACCGUAUCUCAGAUCUGUCUCCUGAUCACUUUGCAGGGUUGACUCGCCUUAAAGAGCUCAAGUUAUGCUCCAAUCGGCUGCACGACAUCCCUUUCAACACCUUCUAUCCACUGCACAACCUUCGCAGGCUUCUGCUGAAGAACAACAGCUUGGAGAUUUUGAAUUCUCAGCUCUUUGCCCGACUUUCGAAGCUAAGAGAACUCAACCUGGAUGGAAACAAGCUGACUCACUUGCAGCCUGAUGUGUUUCGAGGACUUACAAACCUCCAGAAACUGAGUUUGAAGUCCAACCAGCUCAGAAGAGUGGAGAAUGGGACUUUUGAGUUCUUGAGAAACCUCAGUGCUGUCUGUCUGUCAGGUAAUUUGUGGGACUGCACCUGUAAACGUAUAGUUUACGUCAGCAGCUGGGUCAACACGCACAGAGAGAAGCUCGGAGACCAGCCGGUGUGCUUCUUCUCCUCUUUGUCUCACCAGGAUACUCCACUCCCACAGGCAGCUCUGUCUCCAAUGCUGUUAAGAGAUCAUUGCAUUACAAGUGUCACCAGUGGCCCAUCACCCUCAUUUCCUCUAGAAAUGCUGAAUCAGCUUUUUCUCAUAGUGGUCAGCACACUGUUACAUCCUCUGUAAUGGUUUGGUCCUCUUUAACCAUGUUUCCUGUCUUCGCUUUUUUUUAUGUCUGCCUUUGGUUUCUAAGUAUUUGCACCCUAAUCUGGGUACUGGAAGUUUGUAUUUCUAGAGAUGCAUUCAAUACGAUUCAUCCAGGGAAAAUCCAGACUGUAAUAUUGUGAUUCUGCAAAAGAGCAAGAUGGAUUUCUAUUAGGAGGAUUCUUGCAAAACUGUAAAAUAAUCACAUUCUCGGAUAACGGAGCACAAAUACUUGGUAUCAAUUACAUAGAGACUAAGAGCUUCACUAUGAGGCUGUGAAUGUCGAGCAUGUGUUCAUAAAAACUGUGAAUAA